GAUUUAAGAACUUUCUAUUUAAGAAUAAAAUAUUCCUUUUUUGAUAAUAAUAUGAUUGGCGCUAUAUUCUAUUUUAUGAUAGAUCGAAGAGUAAUAGCACGAGGUCUAGAAAGCUGUUUUGUGGAUGUAAUUUUUAAGAGAAAAUUCUCUCCGUGUAUAAGUCUGUAAAUACAAAAGUACUUUUUAAUGUUUCUUUACAAAAAUACAAUAAUACACUUCCAUAUAAUGUUGCAUUAAUUGAUAAGAUUUAAUUUCUUUGUUAUGUACAAAUCUUUUAAAUAAAUAAUUAUGAUUUCAUUUUUUUCUCGUUGUCACUGCAACUACGAGAAUACAAACUUGAUAUUAAGUUUUUUGCAGAUCACAUUUCAUGUCAAUUUGAUUUUAUGUAAAUUAUAAAAUUUACGACACAAAAUUUGCGACGAAUUACGCAACUUUUACAAGAAUAUUUCACACAACAAAAAUUAUUUCUUACAAUGAUGAAUCAGAUCGAAGUAUCUGCGCCAGGCAGAUUAAGUUUAUUCGGUGAACAUACAGUAAAGUAUGGUAGAAAUGGCGUAAUAGCUGCCAUAGAUUUACGUACCACGUUACAAUUUGAAGAACUACCAUGUUUAGAAGGUGCCAUCAAUAUAGACUUUCCGCAAAUCAAUUUAUCUCGCCAUGUACUUUUAGAAACGUUUCUAAACUUCUACAAUGAGUGCGCCAGCAACAUGGCGCAUCUACGUGAAAAAGUCCUACAAUUCUCAAACGAUACACAGUAUAAUACACCCGUCGAGAACACAAUUCUGCAAAUCUUCUAUUAUCUGCUCGUUUAUAUCAUCUGCAAAACAAAGCUCGAAAUAAAACCUUUCGCUAUACUUAUAUCCACGAGAUUAGUGACAAACCAGCAGGAAUUCUUCUGUCCGAUAUCAUACACAGUAUGUCUAGCGGCAUGCUUGUUACAGUGGUCACAUAUGCAGAAGAAUAAUGACACUUCUCCGGCCGCUUUUCAAAUUAAUCUAUAUGCUGAACGCUGCCUGCGUGACAUUUCCUCCGAAUUUGACGCAACCGCCGCGAGUGUGUGCACAUAUGGCACAAUAAUGAAAUUUAAUCAGAUAAGAAAAGAAAUUGAACAAUUGUUUCCCCCGUUUGAACUUACUAGAAUAAAAAUUUUAGUAGUUGAUUUAAAGAAAACGCAAGAUCUAGAAGGUCACGCGCACCAAUUGGCACAGUUAAUAAAGUGUUCUCCUGAAAAAACUAAUGUGUUGUUCGACAAGAUUAACGAUGUAACAAACUCUGCUUUUGAUGCAUUCCAAAGACUUUCCGAUAUUCAUAACGACGAGAAACUCGUGCUCGACACAAGAAUUAAAGACGUUUUAAUACAACAUGAAAAAAUAAUGGACUACAUUUCCCAGCAUAAUUUGUUGUUUGAAAAGUUAGUACUAACGUUAAGAAUAAAUAACUAUUUUGAUGAAGUUUGCGCUGUAGCUAAAAAGUUCGGAUGCUACGGAAAAUAUACAAACGUUGAUAAUGGUACAUAUGCAUACAUUUUGUGUCCAAAUGCAUCAAACACACAAAUUUCAAUUCUCUCGAAUAUAUUGAGGUCGUACGGUUAUAAUAUCAAGGAAACAAAUUUGGCUCGCAGUGGAGUAAACAUUCAAGUGAUCUAAAAUCACGAUCUUAAUAUAUUAUAGAUGACUAAAUACAAAUAGUAUACAAAAACAAAUAAUACACGAAAAAUAUAAGAAAUAAUUGUCUAUAUUUAAGUAUAAAUGAUAUAAAUUGUCUAUAUUAAAUAUAAAUAAUAAAAUCGUAAUCUUGCAUGUUGUGAAUAGUCA